AUGCCAGCCUUAGACCUGAGCAACUUCAAUAUUGUUUGCGCCGUGCUUGGCGGUUUUACUGCAGCUUUCGGACUGAUCUCAUUUCUUGCUAAGGAAAAAUUCUAUUUAUCAGAAGCGUUGAUAUCCUUUGGUGCUGGAGUGCUUUUUGGGCCAGGUGCGGGAUGGAUCCGGCCUGAAGAGUACGCCCUGGACGAUGAAGGGAACUUGGAGCUUAUUAACCGCAACUUCUGCCGACUCGUCUUGGGAGUUCAACUGAUUAUAGCUGGUAUCCAGCUCCCUCCAAGAUAUCUCAAAACAGAAUGGAAAAGUCUGGCCUACCUUUUAGGUCCCGGAAUGACCCUGAUGUGGCUUUUGUCGAGCUUGUUGAUAUGGGCCUUUGUACCGGACCUCGAAUUUCUCUAUGCCUUAGCGAUUGGCGCCUGCGUCACCCCGACCGAUCCCGUCCUAUCAAAUUCCAUUGUGAAAGGAAAGUUUGCCGAUAAGCAUUUGCCAAAAGCGCUUCAAAAUCUUAUUAUUGCUGAGUCUGGCGCCAAUGAUGGCCUUGGCUAUCCCUUUCUCUUUCUGCCUCUUUAUCUUGUUACUUACAUUGGCAAGAAUGCAUCUGGCCACACAGCUGGUAGAGCAGUAGGUAUGUGGUUCUAUGAGACCUGGUGUUACGAAGUGCUCUUGAGCUGUGUUUACGGCACAGUAUGUGGAUGGAUUGCCAAAAAGCUCCUCCGGUGGGCAGAAGACAGAAGUUAUGUCGACAGAGAAAGUUUCUUGGUCUUCGCUCUUGCCCUAGCUCUAUUCAUUCUCGGAACCGACGGACUUGUAGGCAGUGAUGAUGUGCUGGCAUGUUUUGCUGCUGGCAACGUAUUCACGUGGGACGAUUGGUUUCGACUCCAGACCAUGGACGAUAGUCUCCAACCAAGUAUUGACAUGAUCCUCAAUGUUACUAUUUUUAUAUGGUUUGGUGCUGUCUGUCCGUGGCACCAAUUUGCGCACAACGACUAUAUCCCAAUAUAUCGACUUAUUCCGCUGGGCAUCCUAAUUCUCUUGAUCCGUCGGCCGCCUACAAUAUUCCUGCUUCACAAACGGAUCCACCAGAUUGAUGAAUGGAAGCAAGCUAGUAUUGUUGGAUUCUUCGGGCCCAUUGGUGUUGGGGCCAUCUUUUAUCUCGCUAUCAGCCAAGAAUAUCUCCGCACGUCCGUCCUGGACCAAGACGACAAUCCACGGCAAGAUGCUGUCAGACUGCGAGAAACAAUGACGGUCGUGAUCUGGUUUUUGGUGGUGUGUAGCGUGGUAAGUAAAUACAUUUUGUUCGCGCUUAUCAUCUGA